GUGAGGAAAGAAACAAUCAAGGCCUUCCCGCACUCCAAAAGAGUUGGAGGUUACUUGCUAGGCCAAACACUUGGCGUUGGCAGCUUUGCCAAAGUUAAGGAGGGUCUACAUCUCGUGACUGGAGAGAAGGUGGCCGUAAAAAUCAUCGACAAAAAGCGAGCGAAGACAGACAACUAUGUUCGUAAAAACCUUCGUCGCGAGGGGAAGCUUCUUCAGCUGAUCAGACACGCCAAUGUGGUAUCUUUGCUGGAAGUCAUGGAGACGGAUAACUCCUAUUACCUGGUCACAGAGAUGUGUCGCGGCGGAGACCUAAUGGAGUAUAUCAGUGCCAAAAAGAGGCUGCCAGAGGCGGAGGUGGCAACAUUUAUCAGACAGAUCAUCUCGGCGGUCGACUAUCUUCAUCGUAUGGGCAUCAUCCACAGGGACCUGAAGAUUGAGAACUUACUGCUGGAUGAAAACAAAAACAUUAAGUUAAUAGAUUUUGGACUGAGUAAUUUUAUCAAGGUCGCAGAUUCUCCUGAGGGAACACAAGCACAAGAAUUCUGUGUAACCCAGUGUGGAAGUCCUGCCUACGCAGCUCCUGAGUUGUUGAACCAUGAAAAGUAUGGGCUGCAAGUUGAUCUGUGGAGCAUAGGCGUGAACAUGUACGCCAUGUUAACCGGAGGACUUCCAUUUACAGUGGAGCCAUUCAACAUCAAAGCUCUCUAUGCAAAGAUGAAAGACAGGCAGAUGAACCCUUUGCCAGAUAGUUUAUCAAGGGACUGCAGAGAUUUGCUCUUGAAGUUUCUUACACCUGAUCCAGCAAAAAGAGUGACUAUCGCAGAAGCACUCAAUCAUCCAUGGAUUAUGCAAGACAAUAAGCCGCUCCCAAGGCAUCCAUGCCCCAACAGGAUGAGAGCUGCAGACCUUGAUGCUGAUAUUCUGAGCCACAUGUCAGAUAACCUCAAUUUUCGAAUGGCUGAAGUUAUCAAAUUUGUUACAAGCAACAUUCCUAGCUCAGCUUGUGCAACAUAUCACCUGUACCAUGAGAAACUCCGACGCUUCAAUGCUGACAUGAGAUCACGUGGACUUGUACCACCUGUUGCCACAUCAAGAUUGGUCAAAGACAGCCAAAUUAUUUUUCAUUUGCAGGUUU